AUCAAGACGCUGAAACACUCUCAUGUAGAUGAUGUGAUGGAUGAGGGGGUGAAGUUGUGAGGUUGGAUUGAGGGGGGUUUUUCUGGAUACUGUGUCGACUAAUACUGUAGGUAUUUUGUCCGUAUAGCGUUUCACCAGUUUUGGACCCUACAGAGAUGGCGGAUUGGAAGGUCCCAGUGAGCUACAACUACAGUCCGUCAUACCAUGCUUACGCGUAUGGGUUAGUGUACCAGCAAACCCCUGAGCAGACCCAUGCUAAUGUGAGUUGGGCUGAGGCUGCUUAUGGGUCUUCUGUAGGGAUGGCAGGGGGUUACUACACCUCACAGCCGCCGCCGUCUUCUCAAACUCCACCCGGGAGUCCGGAAUACAACAACCCGGCCUCUGAAGGCCAUUACCCGGGUGCAGUCGUGUACUACGCGGACGCGAAGGCGCACACACAGACCGGUCGUCUUUUCCUCGCGCACAACCGGGUCCAGUUUGACCAAAGGAGCAAGGAGCAGGAGCGAGCAGGGAGUGACACGCCGAGCGACUCCGAGUCCCACACACCAGACUCUUGGAGCUCGGGUAGCAGUCGGGAAGGCAGCGCAGCUCAAGUGGAUCUGGAUCACCACGACUGGAUUAAAAAAGAGCAGGCGCACGAGCCCGACAGCGGCGGCCUCGACGCAAACGAGGUCGCAUCCAACUCUCUGUCCGCGGCCUCGGAGGGUCCGGAGUGUCUGACCGUGGAGAGAGACGGGGGAUUGCCGGCAGCGUCUCAGGAGGCCGCGCCGCAGCAGCAGACGCGCAAGGCGAAAGCGCGCACCGCCUUUUCCGAGGAGCAGAUGAGCGCGCUGAACGACCGCUUCAACGUGCAGAGAUACCUCACCCCUGCAGAGAUGAAGACUCUAGCAGGACUCACCGGGCUCACCUACAAACAGGUGAAAACCUGGUUUCAGAACCGCAGAAUGAAGCUAAAGAGGCACCAGAAAGAUAGUAGCUGGGUCUCGGAGAGGUACAUCACAGCUGGGAUCCCAAAUGGACAGACGACCCAUGCUCAGUUCCAGGUAGAUGCACCAAUGCUAACCCAAGAUCUUUAUAACAACCCACAGUUUAGAGAUGCUGUAUUCAAGAAGAGCCCUCCACAGACCUCCUUUUACCUCAACUACUCUCUGCCCCGGUCUCCUUCCCAGAUCUCAACCGGUCGUCAGGGAAGUUGGCGUCUGCCCCCAGCUGUGCAGCACUACGAAUUCCUCAAUCCUUCCAGCUAUGUGCCAGUUGGUGGGGAUGCUGGUACUGGCGACGUUGGCACUGUUGAUCCAGGCAGCAGCCCUACGCAGAUGGCCACAGCACACAACGCAACACAGUGGUCAUCUUGAGCAACUGCACUUGGCUGUCUGUAGUUUGUGACGUUGUGUGUAAAUAGUUUUGAAUCCAACUGCUUUUGAUUAUAGCUCAGGGUUUCCCUGUUGUACUCUGGAGGGGCUGGGGUCUGGCACAAUUCGGUUAUUUCUCUCCUCUGUUUGUUAGGUGUAAAUGAAACGUGUCCGAGCGGCAUAAUUUGAACAAUUCUAGACCCGGACUCUCCAAGAAUGGAAUUGGGAACCCUGUUGUAGACUCUGUGAAUAGCUUUGAUGUAAGGAACCCUUGUAUAUUUUAAAAAAUUUGCUGAAAACAGUCGACUGUGCAAAAUUGUCAAUGCUUUAUGAGCAUGGAAAUGGUUUUUGUCCCUCUUUUAUAUGGAAGAUCUAUUUUUAUAACUUCAAUGAACCUUCCAGAGUAUUUAACGUCUUAUCAGGUACCCUUGCUCUUCUUAAUCUCUAUGUUCAAGGUGUUUUCUUCAGCCCCUGUCUUUCAAGCUGUCUUUUGGAACCACUCUUGCUUGUACUACACUUGCAUGUUGUCAUGGGGUGAUGAGGAAUAAAUGUUUUUCCCCCCCUGGUGUUCUCGCCUAAAAGCAAACGUUUGUGGCCCUAACUCUUCCUAUAUUUGUGCAGUAAGCUAAGGUAUCCAAAACCAUUUGUGUUGGUCAUAAGUGUUCACUAGGAUGCCAACUUGUGCUUUGUGUCUGGUUGGCUACCUUGAAGACUUGCUAAGACAACACUGACCAAAGAAGGCAUGUGUGCGGUGUAUUUUUAUUUUAUUUUUUUUCCCUUUCUUUUUCUUUCUCCAUUGAAUUGUGUAGCCUAAACCUUUACAUGACUGCUGUUUAAGCCAUCUAGGAUGGAUACAGGUUUUGGACAGUUGUCUUUUAUAUUAAAUGUAUUCCUUGAAA